AUGGCUUCUCGAUCGCCGACAGUAGGCACCCCGCUGCUAAAAUCCUCAGUCGCGCCUGAGACACCCUUGAAAGAUGCGCCAACAGCACCCCAAAUAGUGCCCUUUCCCCCACCCCAGACAUUUGAGAUCAUCCCACCAUUGCAUGGGAUUCUUCUUCGCUUGCUAUCUCCCAAAGACUCCUCAGCCGGCACAUCGGGCGCACCCGGGAACCCAACAGGAGCUUCAGCCGAGCCCAGCCUAGCACAGAACCAACAACCAUCUUCAAGCGUACCAGAUGGCCUGAACAACGGGUCUACCACAGCUUCGCAAGCUGUACCGGAAGUAUCCCUACUCGAUUCCAGCUCACAUCCGCCACUUGAUGUGAAAAACCUACCCACAGAAACCAGCUCUGUGAGGAUUCGAAUCCAAAAGGCUCGAGCAGUCGUUGAAGGGCUACCAGAUGUACAUCGGUCUGUCGAUGAACAAAGAAGAGAAAUCUGGGAGCUUGAGGACCGUGUGAGCCGUUUGCGUUCUGUCAUCUCCGACUUUGGGACCCGGGCAGGGAUUGUGGAAGCAUGA